AUGGACAAAUUCGUCCAGAGAGCAGCACCUCCUACAAGAGCACAGCAGGACAUCCCAUGCUGCAGGGCGCCGGACCCCGGGUCACGUCAUGAGCCACCUGCCAAGCGUGUGAAGAGGGAGAUCGCGGACAGUGACGGGGAUUCCGAUGGCGACCUGUCAGAUACGCACUCGCUGGGUCCAAGCCGCGCUCCCUUGCUGAGGGAAGACACUGCAGCAUCUGCCUAUGAUGACGUGCAGUCCGACCCCGAAUCCCAAAUCGGGAGGCCUACUGCCAUUGAAAGCUCGCUCCCAGAAGUAAAGUCGGACAAGGAGGCCAUCGAGGAAUACGAAACCUUCCGAGCGUCCCAAGGAGACAGCAAGAAUGACACAGCCUCGAGGUUCGUCAAAAGGGAGUGGGUGAAGGGCAAGAGCUCCUUGUAUGUGGACGCCUUCAACCUCGCCCUGAGCACUGUUCUCGACGACGAAUCUCACCUCUUCGAUGAUAAAGAACGUAAGCUGUUCGACUACUGGGACAACCUGAGCUACGAGGCGCAAUACUUGUACGUCCGCCUCUUCCUCAGGAAAUCUGCAACCUGGCAUCGUAUUGCCAAGCUGGGUUACUACGAUGAUAUAUCCAGCACUGAAGAUGCUGUAAAGGAACUCCAAACAUGUCGGGCGCUUCCUGUGGCGUCAGAAUCCCGGGCAGAGUCACCUGACCCGGAUGCUGCGUUCGCCCAGGAAGAGCACAGUCUGGAGGAUUCGUUCAGUUUCGCGGAUGACUCAAAUGACUGUAUCAACACCGUCGAGGAGUCCAUCACUUUGUUAAAUCUCGAGGAACUGAAAAUGCUUGGCAAGGAUGCUAGGGUCCAAGGGAAGAACAAAGCCGACCUGGUCAAAUCGAUUUGCAAGAUGAGCAAUCGGCAAGCUGGCUUGCUGUCCCUGGGUCUGCGGAGAUCGGAUACCCAGGACUCGGCGGCUUCAAGUGAGAAUAGGACGCCCGAAGUCGAGUCUCCUGGGCCACAGACAGGCGAUGACUCUAACAGGAACAAGCAUUUUCUUGACAAGAUCAUGGCUAUCACUGGUCCAUGCAUCCGGCUCUCUCUGCCUGUAUUCAAGCUCUUCGAGAGGGUGCAUCUGGUUUUCUACAGAUCCACAGAGUGGACAGAGAAGUCUCUAACGGCAAUCAUACUCGCCAAGAUUUCACGACGAAAUUUCCCAGAGUACAUUGUGAGCAGGUCUACCAACAUCUUCACCUCCCGGAAUCACUUGUUGGAAUUUGAGACCGCAACGAGGACAGAAUUCAGUGUUGACAACAUACUUGAAUUCAAUGGACCUGUUGGUGAAGAUGGGUUUCGUAAGGUGUUGGACAUCUUCGACAGCAUCUACGGCCGAUGGCGAAAGCUUCUACAAGAAGAGCAAGUGAAGGAAGAUCGAGUGUAUGAGACGGGCGAGGGCACGUAUCUACGCCGCUUUUCUCCGGUUCAUCCUUACACUCGCAUAAUACAUAAAGCUGCUUUCGUCUUUGGCCGCUUGAAGGAGCAUCGAAGGGAGCAUGCUUUAAUGGUGGAGCUUCUCGAACAGAGACUUUUUCACCACGCCCGACGUGGCGCAUGGUAUCAGCGCAAGGCUCUGCUAGAGGAGCACUACAUGUUUGCUCUGGAGCCGGAUCCUGCAUACAAAGAUCCGGAGAUGCAGAAAAAGCACUGGAAGCGCAUUGCGGCUACGACAUGCGAGACAGCCCUCGAGGACCCCGAUUGCCACAUCAAAUAUCAUUAUGAUCUGCAGAAGCGGCUUUUGAAACUUGAGAAGCAGAUGAAAGUCCCCUACCGUUUACAGCACGACUUCGGGCAUGUAAAGCUACAGAAGCCCGAAGAGCACUAUAUCGAGGGAAUACAAAUCAAGAAGGACGACAUUGUGGGCAAAAAGGGCCGUGGGCCGAGCACCAAGACUAUUUGGGUUGAUGAGGCUGAAGGCGGGGGCGAAUGCAGUGUUGAGUCCAUGUGCCUCAGCUCGUAUCGCAGCCAAGGCUGGAAAGGCUAUCACGCUGAAGGCGGCAUCAUACGCACGCUAUUUGCGUACCUCUUUUACGAUAUUCUGUUUCUCUAUAUACCCAAUGUCUUCCAGACGGCAUAUCAGACCUGCCCUCUUGACCUACAUACCGACUCUUUCUACCCUACCAGAGCAUCCGAGAUUAACCAUCGAUUGGUUGAGAUUGCCAAUGGCGAGGCACCUCGCUUGGUUGAGGAAGUUGAUAAACGAGAAAGGGAGAGGAGAACCUGUGUCGUUGGUCUGAAUUGGGACUACGAGCUGCCCGACCUCAUUGAGCUUGUCGGCUGCUUUGAUGGCGCGGCCCUGGCGACAGUGUGCAAGGUCAUGGCACAGGAGUAUGGUCAGAGAGGGGGCGGCCUUCCAGAUCUCAUUCUGUGGCGGGUCGAACCAGACAAGGAGGUGAUGUUUGCCGAGGUCAAAAGCGCGAACGACCGCCUCAGCGACACUCAGAGGCUUUGGAUACAUGUGCUGACAGGAGCUGGCGUGCGGGUGGCUUUGUGCAACGCGGUGGCUAAUGAGGUCCGAGAGGUAUAG